AUGAACGACCAAUUUCCGCCCUCUUCUAUCUCUCUUUCUCUCCCCACCCACCCUCCGCCGCUUUCUAGGCGAGGAACAACUUUCUUUCUUGCCCUCUCAUCCAGUUCGAAUAUCUAUCUAAUUCUGUUCCUUAUCUGUGUAUCUAUAUAUCUAAUUGUGUUCAAAUCUAUCUAUCUAUCUAUCUAUCUAUCUAUCUAUCUAUCUAUCUAUCUAUCUAUCUAUCUAUCUUACUACCUCAGUCUAUUCAUAUCUAUAUGUCUAUUUAUUUCAGUCUAUUCAUAUCUAUCUAUCUAUCUAUCUAUCUAUCUAUCUAUCUAUCUAUCUAUCUAUCUAUCUAUCUAUCUAUCUAUCUAUUUUCAUUGUCUGCGUAACUAUGCAUCUAAUUCUGUUCAUUUCUUUCUAUCUAUCUAUCUAUCUAUCUAUCUAUCUAUCUAUCUAUCUAUCUAUCUAUCUAUCUAUCUAUUAAUUCUGUUCAUUAUCUAUCUAUCUAUCUAUCUAUCUAUCUAUCUAUAUAUAUAUAUAUAUAUAUAUAACUAUCUAUUAAUUCUGUUCAUUAUCUAUCUAUCUAUCUAUCUAUCUAUCUAUCUAUCUAAUUCUCCAUCAAGACCAUUAAAAGAUGAAAGGAUGAAUACUUGCUGUCUAAAUAUACCUUCUAUCUAUCUAUCUAUCUAUCUAUCUAUCUAUCUAUCUUCAGACAUUUGCUGA